AUGGAUUGGCAAAGCUCAGAGCUCGGUCGCAACAUCAAUGUUAUCAAGGUGCGUCCGAUAUAUUACGACCCAAACGACGAAGGCCAACACAAAGCUAUAUUGGAAGACGAAUCCAACGGCAAGGAACCCGAAGAUAGGGAAGUUUCACCUAGUUCGGAAAAUGAGACAGUACGCGAAUGGCAAGAUAAAUACAAACCCAGCGAAUGGGGUUACUAUCUGAUGAUGCAUCCUACUGAUCUACAAGAAUACGGGCUUCCGGUCAAGCUUCCGGUCGCUCUGGAAUCUCAAAAACACGUGAGGCGCGCGAGCGAGGCUUUUAUCGUCCUACAGAUACAGCAGCCUCUGAUGGCCUUCCUCGUCAAGAUCUGCCUUGAGCUACUUCCCGACGUAGAAGGUGGUCUGGACGGGUUCAAGGCCUUCUUCCAAGCCCCCGAACAACCCGAGCCCCCCGAAAUAAGAACGACAAAAGAGGAUGGAUGGGACUCGGCUUUCGCACUAGCCCAAGACAGUCCAUAUACCGCCCCACAAUGGGACGACUUUCUCAAAAUCAUGUCCUCUAUAGCGGCUAGAAUACACGAGUGGAAGGACCAUGCCUGGGCUAUGCGCGAUGAUCCAUCCUAUUUCACUAAUGCUGUUAGCGAGUUCUCCCUUCAAAAAGACUUUUGGCACAUUACGAUAUACUCGAUCAUCAUGGAUUAUUACGAGAAUCUUGUCAUGUGGCAUGCUGCACAAGCUGCUCUACACAAGGUUGCUCGGCUGCUGUUGACACGGUUGGAGAAACAAGAAGGGCAUGAUGCAUGGGUAGAGGCUGUCGCGGACUUGAAAGAUUUACUUGAUAUGCGCCUUAUCAAAAGCCUAGCUUCACGGUUGCCGAGUUGCUUCAUUGGCUCACCACCGGUGCGCGGCAUGUUCGACAAGGACCAGAAGUACAGAAUCACACCCUUGGUCGCACAGCUCGUGUCAGACCUAGCUAUUUGUUUUGAACUACGAGCUCGCCUGCGCCUGGUGUGCCCACAAGCUUUCAAACCUGAUGAGCAGUACUGUACCGUUGGAGCCGACCGCGACUAUCACGAGAUAGUCAUGGAGGUUUCUGUGAAAGAACUAAACGUGAUCUUAGACCCGGAAUGCGGUCCAGAAUACGAUGCCAAACGCCGAUAUGAUUUUCUCCUUCUUGGUGAGCUCGGGCAUCCAAAGACAAUGCCGUACCCUGUCGGCAAGCGAAGAACCAAAGAGAACGUAGAGAUUAUGCAGGCUACUGAACGACGGCUCGAUGAGCUUUGGAGCAAAUUCGAUGCUCACGUGCAGAAGUAUUUGAAGAAAAAACACCUCGAGGCUCUUGAAUCCCUAGCGCCGUCAAGAGGACAAAUACAACGGACGCCAGACUGGAUAGAACCGGCGAAACCUUCCAACAAAGCGAAGAAAGAUGCUGCCCUGCAGGAAUACAUCACGCCUCUCAUACCGGAGCAGCAGCCCGACCCUGUAGACCUUCCAAUUCGGAGUGAGAAGCGCAAGACCAGGGGGAUUGCGAAUGAUCCUUCCACUGAGCCUGUCGAAGUCGCAGCAGACUUGCAGCCAGUCGCUUCUGAGGAAACAAACACUCCGCCUACACCGCGCUUCACCGUUGGGAAAAAGACACAGCACACAUUCUCGACUAUAUUCUUCCAGCCGUCUGCAAGCUCGCAUCCCGGUGAAGUCCCAUGGACUGAAUUCCUCUCAGCUAUGAACACGAUUGGCUUCUCACCCGAGAAGGUGUAUGGCUCUGUAUGGCGCUUCACACCGAGAGAGGGGGGUGUUAUUACGGCAAGGCAGCCAAUCAAUUUCCACGAGCCGCAUCCUGAGGGAAAAUUGAGGUUUGAGGUAGCAAGGAAUUACGGGAGGAGAUUGACGAGGAACUAUGGUAUCGAUGGUAGCAGCUUCAUUGUCGCGUAA